AUGGCCACACCAACCUUUCUCGGAAUCCCCGUGGAAGUGCGCUUGGUCAUCUACGACAUCUACUUGAUGGCACACCAGAGGGUCAGGCAGAAACGCCAGCCGUCCGGCGGCCAUCUCCGACUUCUGCGUACUUGCAGGCAGAUACACGAUGAGGCAUGCCCAAUUUUCUGGCGUUACGUCUCCUUGAGGAACGAGCUGGAGAUUAAUGCGUUCAUCCUCAAUGCGAACGAGGCCAUGGCAGCUCGCGUCCUCUGGGCGGAUGUUGCCAAUGACGCACGUGUAUUCAUGCCGCUAGAGAAGGCGAAAUCUAUACAAGAGGAAACGGGACGGCCGGCUCCUCUAUCUAACUUACACCUCGCACUGCGGCGCAUGCCCUCGUUGCAACGGCUGCGCGUUUUUCAAUGUCGCCGUGGUCUUCCUGCCAACAUACGAGGCUCCAGAGAAGCGGGUCGCCUCGCGCUCGAAUUCGAGUUUGCAAUGUAUCCCUCAGGAUCGGCAACGCCUCUCUCGGCGUACGAGAUAUUCAUGGACGCGGAGAGCCGUGUGCAGCCUUUUCAGGUCGUCUCACCGCGGUUCCUCGAGAAACUACGCCUAUCGGGGGAGGUCCGCCUGCCCCCUUCCGUCGAGGCCCCGGCUCUGCGCCAGGUGACGCUCCACUCGAUAACGGGCAACCACUUCGACCGCAAUAGCAUCGAGAACACCUUCCGUGGAGCUUCCCUCGAGUCCUUCCUGUACGCCCAAGGCCACCGGCUUGGGUUCGAGCUACGGAACCGGCACCUGGAGUCCGUGGUUGCUCUUUCUGGGUCGCGGCUACGCACGCUGGUGCUUCUCGGGUGCAGCCGUCUGUCCAGCGCGUGCAUCGCGGGCUGUUUGGAACAGCUUCCCCUGCUGGAGGUCUUCGCGCUGAGCCUGGUGACGGUGGACGAGCUACGGACGAAUUUCCUGCACUCCCUGCCGCUGACUGUCUCUGUCCUGAAGCUGCACGUUGUAAAUGCCUGGUAUGCGGUUCCUCUUCUAGCGGAGGAACGUGGUCUUUGCGAUGCUCUGGAGAACUCUAUCAUGGUUCGUGAGAAGCCGCCGAAACGUAUGGUAUUGCAUGUCCGGGAACGUCUGCUCACCGAAGAGGGGCGAGAAGAGAGGCUGUCGGGGCUUGCACGGCUUCAUGAUAUUGAUCUCUUUUUGAGCCCUUGGGAGAACGACUGCGAACAUGCUUUGUAG